AUCCUACUCAUCAACUCAACUCUCUUCUCGUAUCUUGCUUCUCUCCGACCCUUCUAAUCAAUACCUGUUCGCUAGAUACUAGCCAAGCAAAAUGCCGUCUCCGUGGUCGAAGCAGCCCUUAAAGAUCCUCUACCUUCUUUUCAUCGUACCCGCAACUCUCCUGUCGCUAACUUACGCCGUGGCCUCUGGUAUCUUCCGGGGACUAAGGCCGGAUCCAUCAUGGUCCUUUCGAAAGGCGGCCUCUGUUCAGCUUGUUAAAGACGUCUUCCUCCGACAUCUGUGCGCCCUACGCUCGCCAGCUCCGCUCUCCCUCCAGCCCGGUUCAGAAGGCGACAGAUUCGUCCUCAUCCCUCCCGCGAAAGAGGCUCAGAUCACAGGCCCCGCAGAUGACGCUGAGAUCAGGCCAGCGGAAAUAGGCGGCACCUGGACACCAGCUCCUGUAGGGCAGCAAAAAGGCCUACUCGUUGUCUUGCACUUCCAUGGAGGCGCCUACGUCAUGGGCGACGGACGAGACGCGGAUACAGGCUUCAUCGCCGAGAACCUGUUGCAGAAUACGCCCUGUACGCACGUCUUCACGCCUCAGUACAGACUUUCCAACAACCCAGGUGGCCGGUUCCCUGCGGCGCUCCAAGAUGCUCUUUCGGCAUAUUCAUACCUACUAAACGAUGUCGGAAUCUCUGCGUCGAAUAUCGUUUUUAGCGGCGACUCAGCCGGCGCAAACCUCGCAAUCGCCAUGCUCAGCGGAGGACCCUUACAUUUCUCCAGUGCGGAGCCCAUUCCACAUCGAAGCGCCGGUCUGGGUCCAGACUUGCGGUAAAGAGGUGUUUUAUGACGACAACGUGCGAUUCGUCCAGGGCUUCCGGGGUGCUGGGACCGAGGUGGACUUUUACGUCGAGGACGACGCCCCUCACGACGUAAUCAUGAUGGGAGCCAGGAUAGGAUUCAUCGAAGAAGCAAAGAAGUGCGCCUUGAAAGCUGGUGAGUUUAUGAAGCGAAUUGCUUAAACUUCAAAAGCUGGAUGGAAUGAGACCUACCUAUGGGCCAAUUAGUGUCAAGUUACCUUUCUUAUCUUGUAUUAUUCAGUCUUCGUCAUUGCCGUCAUUUAGAAUAGACUAGUUUCCUUAUUAUCUCAUCU